AUGAAUCGACUUGUGAUUCUCUUGGAUAUUGACAAUACGCUCUACCGCGACAAGGAGCAGGGUGGGAUACUGCAUCAGAUGCAGGAGGGCCUUGUGGAGUACGUUGCAAAUUUGCUGCAAUUCUCAACGCAGGAGGCCGAGGCCUACGUUGUUCACAGCUAUGAGAAGUAUGGUUUGACCAUCGCCGGCUUGAUGCAAGAACAUAAGGGUUUGGAUGCCCAAGCUGUCACUGACUUUUUGUACAGUCGCUGUGACUUUAGCCAACUGCCUGAAGACCCCGGUCUCCGGGAGGUGUUGUCUCGCCUGAGGCAAAAUCAUCACAUCUACUACUUGACCAAUGCCCCACGAAGGCACGCCGAAACGGUAUUACAGCGAAUUGGCCUCAGCACUGAGGAGCUCAUUAUGCAUGGAUUCACCUACGAGGAUCAGUGGGCACAUACGGCACCGAUGAUCUGUAACAAACCUCAUAGAAAUACAUACAUUGCCGUCAUGGAUGCUGUGAGCAAAGGGUUGCAGUAUAACGAGAAAUUAACGGCCGAAUGUAUGGUAAUGGUUGACGAUACCGCCAGUAACCUCCUUGAGCCACUGGCGUUGGGAUGGAAUGCUGUGUGGGUCUCUCAUGGCAAUGUCAUCCCAGAUACUCUUUUGGCGCAUAUGAAUACUGGGAAACUUUUCCUUAUGAAGGAUAGCAGUGAGCUCGAGGAUGUCAUUGGUCAUGUCACGCUCAAGAGGAAUCAGUAA